AUGUUCCACAGUCUAAAACCUGUCAAACUACAGCCAUUUCUCGCUCCUUCCUCCCAACCUCACCCGCCUCCCCCCAGCCUCACCCGCCACCCCUAUCCUCACCCGCCUUCCCCUAGCCUUACCCCCCCACCCUCACCCGCCUUCUCCCAGACUCACCCGUCUCCCCCCAGCCUCACCCGCCUUCCCCUAGCCUUACCCCCCCACCCUCACCCGCCUCCCCCCAGCCUCACCCGUCUCCCCCCAGCCUCACCCGCCACCCUCAUCCUCACCCGCCUUCCCCUAGCUUUACCCUCCCACCCUCACCCGCCUUCUUCCACCCUCACCCGCCUCCCCCCAACCUCACCCACCACCCUAACCCGCCUUCCCCCACCCUCACCCGCCUGGACGGACACAUGGUAUUAG